UGAAGACAUAAGAAAAAGCCUUAAAAAUGACCUAAGGGAAAUGUUAGGUAAUGAAGUACUUGAUCACAAAAGUUCAAAGAAUGCUACUAGCAGGACAGAGUAUCAAGUAAAAGCUUUAACUUCACAGAAAAAAGAAUUAGUGGAGGAAACAGAAGACGAAAACUCUGAAAGUGAUGAUGAAACAGAAGACUUAACAUUUCAAAGAAAGAAAGCUAAUGUGUUGGACAGAGCUAAAAAGUCCAAUCGUGAACAAGGUGAGAAGCUAUCACAACAUCGCAAAGCCACGGAAUGUGUGGAAGAAGUCUUAUGUAGUAAGGAUAAAGGGCAUAGAAAUCUCAGCAUGUAUACAGAAGUCACACCAGGAGGGAAUAGGAAGAAUGAAAAAGACAAAGUGGUCAAACAGUUGGAAGAGGACAAAAAUCUUCAAAAGUUAGGGGCUAAGGAGAAAGCGCUAAUGGCCUCCGAAGAAGAAAUGACCCAGGAGGGCGCUGUGCUUACCCUGGCUGCUGACUUCUCAUCUGCAACACUGGACAUUAGUAAGCAAUGGGCUCGCAUCUUUGACAUCCUGAGAGAAAAUGACUUUGAGCCCAAACUUGAGUGUAGGGUUGAACUGGCCUUUAAAUGUGAUGGUGAAAUCCAGAGAUUUUCAGACCUUCAGACCCUCAGGAAAUUUGCCAGCCAGAAUUUGUUCGUGAAGGGAUUGCUGAAAGAUUUACUGCCACAAAAUCAAAAAGGGAAAAGAGAGGGGAUUCAAGAAAAAAUGGGUAAAACAGACGCAAAGCAUGAGGCUGGAGGAACAGCAAGUGAUGGCUUGAGCUUCCUGUUUAUCAAAGAGGUGAAAGUUGCUGGGUCAAAGGUGAAGAAUGUAGGGACACAAAAGUCUUCACAAACCUCCAGGUUGGAGCAAGAGGAAGGAGAGGAAACCUCUGAGACAGAAGAGGAGGGAGAAGAGAUUUCAUGGACCGAGGAGGAGGAAGAAUCCUCACAGACAGAAGAGGAAGAGGCUUCAGAGAUAGAGGAAGAAGAAGCCACUAGAAGUAAGUAG